AAUGUAAAUACCAUAAGACAUGUUGAUUACGAUCUUUUGCAUAUCAGAAGAAUAAGGCCUGACUUAUUGAAUGGAAAACAUAUUACACUUUCAUUAAUUAAGUAUAUUACUUAAUUAAAUAUAUACUUUUAAUAGUAUUAUUUUAGGGCAAAAAAUCGACCUGAUGGUAAAAAUCGAUCCACAAAGGCUUUAGAUAAAAAAAAGCUAGAUUUACAAGGGCACUGCAUAGAAUUGUUUUUCCAGUUCGUGAGUUUCACAAUGAGCUUCUUUAAAUAAAACUUUUUGUUUGAUUGACAGAUGACUGCAACUCAAAGCUCUAUAAUCUUAUUCGCAUUUCAAGUCACAAAUAUACCAAAAUUCAUACAAAAAAUGGUUUGACAGCUCUUGAAACUAAAUUUAAGUUUCAACGACGUUCUAGAAUACUAGCCUAAGAGUCAGAGUCCAGAUUCAGAAAAGUCUCGACUCAAAAUCACACAAAAAAGCACUGAAAGCGCCGCCUAUUAAAAUAUACUGUAGAAUAAUAGUUAACACGUAUUUUCCCUAAUAUCUAAUGCAUCUAUAAACUCCUUUCAGGUUUAAAACUAGAACUUGCCAAACAGAAGACAUCUGUCAUUUUAGCCCGUAAUUUUUGAUACAAUAAUAUUUUUAUUUCUAAUGAUUAUUUAUUAACUGGUGAAAUUGCAAAUGGAUCGAGAUAGUGAAAUGCUCUUCACUAAUAAAGAAGAAUUAGUGAAUACAGCAUCAAUUCACUAUUACUGGGAUCUCGUUAUCAAUAAAUACGCAAUCCUGUUUUUCCAAUAUAUUAUAAGUAUUAUUUACACAAUAUAUACUCGGCUAUCCCUUUUCAAUACGGCAGUUUUUUUCUUCAAAUUCGCUCCAACAGGAAUCUUUAUGCAUAAGUAUAUAAAACAAAUUAACAGAAAAUCACAAGAAAUAUCAAGACAGCAACAAAACGAAAUUGAAGACAUUCAACUUCAGAUACAAAUAGUCAACACAAAGAUGAGUAUACAAGAGACAGAAUACGCAGAGAGAAUAGAAGAGUUAAAUAAAAGUACCUCCCGACUUCGAAAAGGCCGGGCCCAAGUGCGCAGCCUCAUUCAGUCCGAUGAUGAGAUACGACACACUAUCAACACUGGUAACAUCAUGGAGUACAACUCAGAGAUUACGGCACAGUGUUCGGCAGUAGAUUGUGAAUCGCUAUUAAAAAUGCUCAAAGGAUUAGAGAGCGAUCAGAUUGUAGAAUGUGAGAAGCUCAAACCCGGCGACAGCUCGGACGACCUAGCUACUCAAGAGAACAGCAUAUACUCCACAAUAAGUGAAUCGGAAAGCACGCAAGACUGUACCAUCAAGAUUGUAAAAGUGACCAACGUGUAUAAGGUCGCAUAUCUUAAACAUUACAUCAAACAGACUCGACUACGAAGGGCUAAUAGAAUAGCAAUCCUAAAGAAAAAGAUUGACAACGUAAAAAAGCUGCUAGAGGACUGGCAAACAUCCUUAAACAUGGUGAUAAACAGCAAGUUGACGCUACUGAGUAUGAACCAGCAAUGUUUUAUGACACCCCAGGAGGCAAUGGGCGACGGUUCUCAAGCGAAUUAUAGAGACUUCUCAGACUCGGAUAGUGAUUUCCGAAAUAGUAAUAAUAAUGAUAAUGGGCCUGACGAGUAUAGUUUGAGUUGGGCACACAAUGCCUAUUUGCAUCAACGAAGCAUGAGUCGCUGCGAUUAUGAUGAUUAUGACACAGCAGUAUCAAAGGAAUCUUACGAGCAAGAAGAUUUGAAUGACAAAUAUCCACAGAUAAUGACAGAUUCUAAACUAACCGGACCUGGUUAUUUAGUUGCACUUCCUGAGGAAACGCCGAGUCAAAUGGCGAUAGAGGAAAUAAGGAGCGAGGCGAGCGAAGAUGGGGAUUGUCGCGAUCUUGUUGCAAUGUAGGAAUUUUAAUUUAAAUAAACAUUACGAUGAA